CAGACGUCACUGGGGAAGCUCCCCUUGAGCAAAACCAGCCACUGCGCAUGCGUGGUGCAUUCGCUCACUGGUCGUGUGGCUAACGGCUAAGCUCCGACAUGGAGAGGAAAGUUCUUGCGCUCCAGGCAAGGAAGAAGAGGGGGAAAGCAAAGAAGACCAGCAAGAAACAGCCGGCCAAUCCCAGGAAUCGACAGCAGCCCCAGCAGCUGGAAGCAUCUCCCCAGGAACCCGAGGAACCUGAGGAGAUUCUCGGCUCCGAUGACGAGGAGCAGGAAGACCCCAACGACUACUGUAAAGGUGGCUACCACCACGUGAAAGUAGGAGACCUUUACAACGGGAAAUACCAUGUGAUCCGGAAACUGGGCUGGGGACACUUCUCCACCGUGUGGCUCGCCUGGGACAUCCAGGUGAAAAGGUUCGUUGCAAUGAAGGUGGUGAAGAGUGCAGAGCACUACACUGAGACAGCGGUGGAUGAGAUCAAACUCCUCAGAUCUGUAAGAAACUCAGACCCUGAUGAUCCCAACCGCGAGAUGGUGGUCCAGCUGCUAGAUGACUUCAAGAUCUCUGGUGUCAACGGAACUCACGUCUGCAUGGUGUUUGAGGUUCUCGGACAUCACUUGUUAAAAUGGAUAAUAAAGUCCAACUACCAAGGGCUGCCUCUGCCUUGUGUGAAGAGCAUCAUAAAACAGGUUCUCCAAGGCCUGGACUACCUGCACACAAAAUGUCAGAUCAUCCACACAGACAUCAAGCCGGAGAACAUCCUGAUGAGCGUUGACGAGCCUUACGUUCGGAAGCUUGCUGCUGAAGCAACAGAGUGGCAGAGGACUGGAGCUCCUCCUCCCUCCGGUUCAGCGAUCAGCACGGCACCUGCUCCAAAACAGACAGUAAAAAUGUCCAAGAACAAGAAGAAGAAGUUAAAAAAGAAGCAGAAGCGUCAGGCGGAGCUGCUGGAAAAGUGCAUCAUGGACCUGGAGGAGAUGGAGAAGACGACAGAGACGCGAGAGGAGGAUGACGAAGACGAGGACCCACAGUCUCCAAAGGGACGAGCCUGUGCUCCUCUCAGACAGGUGUCUUUUCAGGACUUUGGAAAUGAGGAGACAGAGGAGUACAGUGUGAAUGCAGAUGUCACGAGAGCGGGACCAGAGGAGGUGUCAGAGGUGAACUGUAAUGGACACGUGGAGGUGGAGCAGAGGCCGACGUCCCAGUGGAGGGAAGAAGACCAGCACAACGGCAACACAGAGCCCACAGAGAAAUGCGUCACUCCGGAGGAGGAACGCAAGGAGUCCCCUGUUCACCCCGCGUGCAACGGUCUGGAGUCGACUGACUUCAGCAAGCCGGACACGGAGAGCGAAGACAGGGGGGCGCACGGCAGCGGAGUCACUGACAGACACUUUCCUGCUGGGCUGGAGGACGGGGAGCUGGAACAAAGCAUUUUGCAGGAAGAGGGAGAGGACGACCCCGACGGUCACUAUGGAGCCCAGGAAAGCCUGAGGAACGGCAAACUAACAGCAGGAUCCCUGCUCAUUAACCCUCUUGAGCCACUGAAUGCGGACAAGAUCAAGGUCAAGAUUGCAGAUUUGGGAAAUGCCUGCUGGGUGCACAAGCACUUUACAGAAGACAUCCAGACACGACAGUACCGGUCGUUAGAGGUGCUUAUUGGUUCUGGAUACAGCACACCAGCAGAUAUAUGGAGCACGGCCUGCAUGGCCUUCGAGCUUGCCACUGGGGACUAUUUAUUUGAACCACACUCUGGGGAAGAUUAUUCCAGGGAUGAAGACCAUAUAGCACUGAUCAUUGAGCUGCUGGGGAGUGUCCCACGCAAACUCAUAAUGACCGGCAAAUAUUCCAAGGAUUUUUUCACCAAGAAAGGUGAUUUGAAACACAUCACCAAGCUGAAGCCGUGGGGCCUUCUGGAGGUGCUGAUCGACAAGUACGAGUGGCCCCGCGAAGAAGCCGAGUGCUUCGCCGACUUCCUGAUUCCCAUGCUGGAGCUGAUCCCCGAGAAAAGAGCCACGGCUGCAGAGUGCCUGCGCCACCCCUGGCUCGCCCUCUAGUGGACGCCUCCCUCCGUUGUUCCUCCCCCUCCCUCUCCCCCACUUUUCUCCAGAGACUGCAACAGAUCACUUUCCAGUUUGGGCAUAUCAGACGAUGAAUAUUUAUUUCUCUUUUUGUUUCGUUUUGGAUUUUCUUCCGUUCUUGUUAUUGAGCUGAUGCUUCCGUGUCCGUUUGCUUUGUAUUUGUUGGUUCUUCUUUCGGUGUGAUGACGCCUGGAAUCCAGUGGAUUUUUAUUACUUUGUGGUUACGUUUCGGCUCCAGCUGCUGUGCUCUGUUCAUCCACCCAACUAAGCGACCCUUGUUAUUGUACUGCUAGUGACUCAUCCUUAUUUGUUACACUCCUGCACUAAAACCCAAACAAAUCAAGGAUAUGUAGCCUUUAUUGGUCAUUUUCGUCCCCUUAAAAAGGACUCGCUGUCAGUUUUUUUUUUCCUCGUACAUUUUCAUUAGUGCUGUUUUUUUUUUUUUGUUUUGUUUUUUUAAAUAUGACUUAUUUUAUCUUAUAUCAUAUAUGUAAGGUAUACAUUUUGUAUUUGUAAAGUAGGUGUAGAAAGUUGCACACUGGGCUGACAUUUACACUGACCGUGGUAACGUUCAUAGCGUUUUUUCCAGACAGGCUCUCUAGUUUCUUACUGAGAUAUCCGCUGUCUCAUAAAUAGGUCAUAUUUAGCUAUAACAGAGUCUUCGUCACCUGGUAUUUAGUGGUUAGUCAACUAUAAUAAAGGAGAUCUUUCAUUCUCAUGGGAGGCUGGUAUUCUCAUACUACCGUCUAUCACAAAUUCAGGUAUACAGCGUUUUUAAGACUUCAACAGGAUGAAAUGUUAAGAAGCCCGGUUUAAAGGAAAAAAGUGAAAACAAACUGUAUAUAUCUGUACCAAAGAGUUUGCCUUUAUGUAUAUUACAGUUAUGUACAGUUUUUAACAAAUCUUAUAUCUUAGCUAAAAGAAUUUAGCUGGGUAGCUGUGUUUUAAUAAAGUGUAUGGAGGAUGUGUUUGACUGUUCAAUAAUGUCACUGGAUUUUGCCGCAGAGUUGGCGAGAUCUGGUGUUCUGUCAUGGUGUCCCGACCCCGUCAUAUCAAAGUAACCUACGUUAUCCGUUGAGACCUUAGGGGGAAAAAGUAAAAAAAAUUCACGUCGAGAGCAUAGACUUUGUGUGAGCUGUUCAAUUUACAAAGAUGUGCAACAACACCGUACAAUAAAAUGGAUCUUCAAACAGGA